AUGGGAUGGCUCACGGAGCUUACACCAGAGAAAAGUUCCUCGUCUGUUUGCCGUUCAACAAAGGUGGCACCGGAGAGAAGAACGGCACCAUUACCGGAUCAUUAUGACGUUGGAACCACAACGACCACCAUGUACGAUUGGGCGGUGGUCGUCGAGGCGUACAGGAGGGAGCGAGUGAAGCCAUUAAUUCGGCGAUGCGCCUCGAAUGCGUAG